GGCCGCCACGUCUCCCUGGCUACCGUGCCACCUGUCGCCGGCGUUAUUCCAGGUUCCACUGAACAAGCUUCAAGGCGUCACGUGGUCCUCUGCGUCGAUCCAUUCUUCUGUUUCCUGGACUAGCUCUACCACUCGCCUAGUAUUAUAUAGAGGCAUAGAGCGAGUGAAGGCAGGCUUCCAGUAGCCAAGCAAGGAAACAUCCGGCAUAGUUAGCUGCCAAAGCCUUGCGAACAAGGCGAGAAGAAGCUACUAGUAGCCUGAAAAUGUGCGGCGGAGCGGUCAUCGCAGACUUCGUCCCGGCCGGCUCCUCAGCCGACGGCGGCUCCAGCCUCACCGGUGACGAGAAGCCCACGGCCAAGCUACCGGCGCCGGGGCGGAAGACGGCGUACCGCGGGAUCAGGCGCCGGCCGUGGGGCCGCUGGGCGGCGGAGAUCAGGGACCCGAGGAAGGGCGCGCGCGUCUGGCUGGGCACCUACGCCACGGCGGAGGAAGCCGCGCGCGCCUACGACGUCGCGGCGCGCGACAUCCGCGGCGCAAAGGCCAAGCUCAACUUCCCGCCCGCAGUGGGCGGCGCCGCGGCAUCGGCCGCAGCCGCUGCGGUGGCGGCCAAGAAGGGACGGAGUGUUGCCGCCGAGGAGAGCUCGGCCUCUUCGUCGCCACUUCCGGCCGCGGCCGGCGCGGAGAGGCUGCGGGAGUGCAUGUCCGGGCUCGAGGCUUUCCUGGGGCUGGAGGACGCCGGCCGGGACGGUGGUGUUGACGACGUGGAGACCUGGGAGGCCGUCGAUCUCAUGUUCGAGUAGCCUUGUGCCGUCGCCACGUGCCGCCGUCGAUCUGUUUCUGUCUGCUCUUGCUAUGGAGAGGUCUGCACUGGAUUAGCGCCAUGGUGUAUGACUGCACGUUAGCCAGAUGGAUCUGACUGCAGUUUCCUCCGGCUCUCCUGGUCCAAUGCUAAUUUGCAUGAUCAGAAUGUGGGGAACACUCACAUUUGCGGUGAAGUGUUAGGGCAUUCAUGUCAGCAGUCCACUUCAGUCUCUAGAAUGUAUGCAUGUAUGAUAGCAACCUUAAUUCAUAAUAAUCUCCAUGAAAAACAUCAUAUCA